AAUCCGCUAAUUUGUUAAGAAAAUACUAACAGCCCAGAGAUUUUUAAGCAACCAAGAAAUUUACCUCUGGGCCAAGUCGUUCUCAUGUUCUUUUCCAACCCCUGCUCCCUUCCGUGAUCUUCACCUCAAAUAUCCACCGUCUCAUAUCUCCUUAAUUAGGUGGUGAGUCCAUUUCUCCUGCAAAUUUUCCAUGAAAGAAUAAGAGAGACCUCAGAUUACACCUCCAUGGUUGCUUCUAAAUGAGAUAAGGUCAUAAAGGUGGGUGGGUGGAUUGUAACAUUGGAUAUUAGAAAAUCUGCUCUUGUUGGUAUUCUUAUGGGUUCAAUGAAUAAAGAGACACUGAAUGAUAUCAUAUUCAGAAGAAUGGCCCUUCUCAUCAGUUCCUGUUGGUUUUUCAUCACCAAUUCUGUGAUCUUUCUGAUUAGCUUGAUAGCCAGACAAGUUUUCAGGAUAUUUAAGAUAGAGGAUAGUUCUCAGGAAGAUGAUUCCGAUGUUUCGGCAAUGGAGUCAAGGUGCCGAGAGCUGGUGCGAAUUUUCACCGAGUUAGAAGAGAAGGAUUCUGAUUUAUUCCAGGACAAAGAGACAUCGAGUUUCAGUUUCAAGUUCCAGUACCAGAUUUCUGAAGACCAGAGAGGAGGUAAUGAAGAACCUGUUGCUCCUAUUCCUCAAAAGGAAGAACCCAUGAUUCCUGCUGCCGAGGGAAAAGAACCAUCCAUCACCACAAGCAUUAGUAAGUACCGCUUCUUAUCUGAGAAAGAUUUCAGUGGCUUUGUACAAGAACCGGAGGUCAAGACUUUCCGUGUUGAGGAGUCAUAUAUUGGCUCGGAAACAGAUUAUUUAUAUGAUAAAGAUACAGUAGACAACAGGUUAGAUGCCAGUUUAUUGUCUGCAAAAGAUUUCCAUCAACCCAGUGUGGAAGAUGUUAAUAUUGCUAAUCUAAAUAAGCAAGGCGAAUUCAAAGAUGCGAUAUCAAUCAAAAACAAGAGCAUGGAGAAGGAAAAGGCUGUUAGAUAUGAGACCAGUUCACCGGUUAAGAAAGAAGCAGGUUCUCUGUCGGCAAAAAAAUUUGAAGAACCCAGUGGGGAAGAUGUUAGUACUGAUAGCCUAAAUGCCAGAAGGAAGAUCGGUAGAUCAGAACAUGCGAUAUUGAUCAAAAGGAAGCAUUUGGAGAAGAAAAAGGCCAUUAAUUAUGAGACUAGUUCAUUGGGUGAGAAAGAAGUAGGUGUUCUGUCAGGAAAAAAUUUCCAAGUACCCAGUGUGGAAGAUGUUUGUACUGAUAGUCUGAAUGCAAUAAGGAAGCAAGGGAAGUCAGAAGGUGGAAUAUUGAUCAAAGACAAGAUGCUGAAGAAGGAAAAAGCCAUUAAUUCUGAGACUAGUUCAUUGGGUGAGAACGAUGUAGCCUUUCUUUCAGGAAAAGGUUUCCAAGAGCCUGGUGCCAAAGAUGUUUGUACUGAUAGUCUGAAUGCAAUAAGGAAGCUAGGGAAGUCAGAAGAUGGGAUAUUGAUCCAAGACAAGAUGCUGAAGAAGGAAAAAGCCAUUAAUUCUGAGAUUAGUUCAUUGGCUGAGAAAGAUGUAGCCUUUCUGUCAGAAAAAAAUUUCCAAGAGCCCAGUGCCAAAGAUGAUUCUACUGAUAGUCUGAAUGCAAUGAGGCAGCCAGGGAAGUCAGAAGAUGGGAUAUGGAUCCAAAAGAGGAUGCUGAAGAAGGAAAAAGCAAUUAAUUCUGAUACUAGUUCAUGGGGUGAGAAAGACUUGGCCUUUCUGACGGAAAAAAAUUCCCAAGAGCUCAGUGCCAAAGAUGUUUGUGCUGAUAGUCUGAAUGCAAUAAGGAAGCUAGGGAAGUUAGAAGAUGGAACAUUGAUCAAAAACAAGAUGCUGAGGAAGGAAAAGGCCAUCAAUUACAACAAAGAAGUUCCUUAUCAUAAAAAAAGCAACAAAGAAGUAGGUCUUUUGUCAGCAAGAAAAAUAAGAGAACGCAGCAUGAAAUAUGUUAGUACUCAUAGUCCAAGUGCCAUAAAGAAGCAAGGAAAGUCAGAAGAUGGGAUAUCGGUCAAAAACAAGGUCUUGGAGAAGGAAAUGGCUAUCGACUCUGAGACUAGUUCAUUGGAUGAGAAACAAGAGAUGGAUGGAGCAAAGUUUUUGUCAGAGGAUUUCUGUGGCUUUGACAUAGAUUCUGAAUCUCUUAGUUCCAGUGAUGGUUACUCAGUAAAGGACCUCAUCGUGGAUUCAGACAGUGAAGGCUUCUUAUCAGAAAGAGAUUUUAUUGGGCAUGAGCAUGGAUCAGAUACUACAGAAGCUUCAAUGAAUACUAACAGAUAUAAAGCAGAAUUAUUAGAAGAUAUCCGCAAAUUGGAAGAAGCCCAGCUGCAAUUUAACUACACUACUGAUGCAGAGUCAACAGAUUCUGGCGGUUAUUUUCCAUAUAUUGAGAACAGAAUCAAUUUUGAGGAUAUUGAGUCAUAUGAUAUCUGGUCAGAGAGUGAGUUGAGCAAACCUGAAUCAGAACAAAACGAAAUGAAUGAAGAUGAGGUUGAAUCAAGAAGGGUAGUUCAACAGAUCAGAGAAAGAAUGUGGGCUAGUUCAAAUGCAUCGCACAGAGAAUUCACUGAUUCAAGUGACGACGAGCUUUGUUCAAGUAAAAAUACUGGCAGCUAUAGGAAGAGCUCGGAUGAAGUCCUGUCUGUCAGUGAUUCAGUCAACCCAGAAACUAUACUCGAGGAUUUGGAUGGAAAGAAGGCAGAAAAUCCGGCUACGACUUGUAAUUUUGAGAAAACCAAAUCAGAGUCUUCAAACACAAGAUGUGAUGCCUCUAUUAGUAGCCCUUUGAGAACGAUUCACGAUGCGGAGCAGCAGGAUUCAGCAGAGCUCACAAGAGAGGUGGAUGAACCAGUGCAGCCAUCAGAACUUGGAAGUGAAAAGAAAUCACCAGAGAACGAUGCGAAGAAAAGUGGAGAGAACAAUUUGAAGUAUUCAUAUGAUGAGGAUUUGGAUGAUGAGGAUUUUGACGAAUUGGAGUCUCUCUGGGAGCACCAAGAUUUGAUAGAACAGCUGAAAAUGGAAUUGAAGAAAGCAAGGGCCACCGGGCUUCCAACCAUCUUAGAAGAGUCAGAAAGCCCAAAGACAGUCGAGGAUCUGAAGCCAUGGAAGAUUGAUGAGCAGUUCUUGCAUGAGGAUCCAAUGGACGAGUUGCACAAGUUCUACAAGAGCUAUAGAGAAAGGAUGAGGAAGUUUGAUAUCUUAAACUAUCAAAAGAUGUAUGCAAUAGGCUUUCUCCAACUGAAGGAUCCCCUUCAAUCAAUGGGGUCUCAAAAACCAUUGAUUUCUACAGUCACAUCCAUUAUUUCCCAAAGUUUCAUGCCUUGUCGCCAAAAAUCCAACGCUGAUCCAUCAGAGAAGUUCAUCAAGGAGCUCCGGGAUGACUUGGAGACGGUAUACGUUGGGCAAACAUGCCUUUCAUGGGAAUUCCUUCGCUGGCAGUACGAAAAGGCUCGGGAACUACCAGAAUCUGAUCCUUACAGGAGCCAUCAGUACAAUCAAGUGGCUGGAGAGUUCCAACAGUUUCAAGUGAUGGUACAAAGGUUUAUAGAGAAUGAGACCUUCCAAGGGCCAAGGCUACCAAAUUAUGUGAAGAAUCGAUGUGUUAUUCAAAAUCUUCUUCGGGUACCUGUCAUCAAAGAGGAUUGCUUGAAGGAUAAAAUGGAGGAACAAAGAAAGGGUAAUGAUGCGAUUACAAGUGAAAUUUUAGAAGACAUCAUGGAAGAAUCGAUUAGACUAUUCUGGGAGUUUGUCAAGGCAGACAAAGAUGAAACUCCAGUGAUCUUAAAGGGUCUGCUGAGAACUCAGGUGGAGCUUCAAGACCCAUCAGACUAUGAACUCAUGAUGCAUAUUCACGCCAUUUUGCAGAAGAAAGAGAAGAAAUUAAAAGACAUUCUGAGAACUGGUAAUUGUCUGGUCAAGAAGUUCAAAAAGCCAAAGGAGGACAGAUCCAAUCAAGACCUUUUUUUCUCGCAGGUAGACAUGAAGUUGGUAGCAAGGGUGCUGAAAAUGUCCAGAAUUACAACUGAUCAGCUGGUGUGGUGUCAUAAGAAACUGAACAAGAUUAAUUUUGUAGAUAGAAAGAUCCUUAGGGAGCCUGCCUUUUUGUUAUUUCCAUGUUAAGAUUGAUGUUAUUCUUAUUUAUGUAAUUUGCGCGUAAAACUAGGAGAACCAGGUUUGUUAUAUGCAGUUCUCCAUGUAGAUUCUUCAGGGUUCAUUACACUGAUAAUAAUGGACCAUACCUUUAUUUAGAUUUUUAAUUAACUAAUAGCAUAGCAGUCUACUUGUAUAAACAUUUUUUACCUAAUGUUAUUAGCUAGAUGGUGGCAUGCACUCAAAAAUAA